AUGAAUCAGGUUAGCCAGGAGCGUGAUAAUGAUCCGUCCAAGAGAGUGAGCGGGGACGCGCCGGCGGCGGCGGCACGCGCCGGCUGCUUCGACUGCAACAUCUGCCUGGACUUCGCGGUGGAGCCGGUGGUCACCCUCUGCGGCCAUCUCUACUGCUGGCCUUGCAUCUACGAGUGGCUGCGCCGCGACGCCGCCGGCGGCACCAUCUCGGCGGCAGGGCGGCCGUGCCCCGUGUGCAAGGCCGCGCUCACGCUGGACUCGCUCGUGCCGCUCUACGGCCGUGGCGGCAGCCGGCCCAGUAAGCCACGGCUCCACCCGGCCCUUCCGCGCCGGCCGACCGUGCACCGGGGAGCCGUCGAGCAACAGAGCGCGCAAACCAGCGGUGGCAGUGGUCGCCGGCGCGUGAUCAUGGAACCCGGUUCGCCGACUCGUUCAUCCCGUCACGCGCGUGUCGGAGCCGCGCAGUUCAACAUCGUAUACCCUCCUCCGCCCUUGGGGUACGGCAUGAAUGCGAUGAACUCGACGUCCGGUGGGGUGCUCGGCGGGAUGGCCCUGGCGUUGCUCCCCUGGGUGUUCGGUGGCGAGGCGCCGGCGCCGAGCUACCCCCUGGGCGAGCUGCAAAACCUGAGCCCUAGGCUGAGGCGGCAGCACAUGGAGGUGGAGAGGUCUUUGCAUCAGUUAUUGUUCUUCCUCUUUGUGUUCGUAGUGCUGUGCCUGCUCUUGUUCUGA